AUCAUACCUUAUCAGAUCAUAUUAUUAUACACAAAAAUCACCUAAUUAAUUUAAGCACUUCAAAGUUCCAGUCUAAAAACUCAACAUUUUUUUCAAUUCCAGUACAUAUAUAUGUCUAAAUAUUGGGCAGAUUCUGCCUACACUCCCUGAGAUUGGGUGGUGCAUCUUGGGCUCCCAAAACAUGAUGAAUACGCAGUUAUGUGGCCACCUAAAUAUGGACUUGUGUUUUCUCAUGGUCUCAGAUCUCUGGCUAAAAAUUUGAAUUGCAUGAGUCUGGUUUCUUUCCCAGGAUAGUUGAGUUGAUUUUCCACCAAAGGAGUAAGACUCCUCCCGUGAAGUUGGUGAUUGCUGGCUGUGAAGUUCUGGGAGUUGAAGUCCACAUGCCAUAAAAUUGUCAAGGUUGAGAAACACUGGGUUUGUAAAUAGAACAACACAGAGAAUGGUAAAUCAUAGGAAACUUUAAUGAACUGUUUUGACUGAACUAUGCCAUGUGUCAUGUUUUGUAUUAUUGAAACUAUUGUUACAUAUUUUCACUAGCAAACCAUUCAAGACAAUGGAUCCGAAGAACAUCAGGAAAAGGAAAUAUAGUGAGGAUUUCCUACAAUAUGGCUUCACGUCUAUAUAUACAGUGGGAAUCAAGAAACUGCAGUGUGUACUUUGUUCCGAAGUUUUAUCAGCAGAAUCGAUGAACCCUAACAAACUUAAACGACAUUUUGAAAGCAAGCAUCCAAGCUAUGCUGGCAAGGACACAAACUAUUUCAGAGAAAAAUCUGAUGGACUGAAGAAAGGCAGACUUGACACUGGUGGCAAGUACCACAGACAAAAUGUAGCGGCCAUUGAAGGGUCAUAUUUGGUGGCACUCAGAAUCGCCAGAGCCAUGAAGCCUCACACUAUUGCAGAGGAAUUACUGUUGCCAGCGGCCAAAGACCUUGUUCGAGUUAUGAUCGGAGACGAAUUUGUGACAAAAUUGAAUGCAGUUUCCUUGUCCAAUGACACUAUCCGCAGAAGAAUAGAUGACAUGUCUGCUGAUAUUCUUGAUCAGGUAAUCCAAGAAAUUAAAUCUGCUCCACUUCCAAUAUUUAGUAUCCAGCUUCAUGAAUCUAUAGACGUUGCAAACUGUUCCCAGUUACUGGUUUACGUGAGGUAUAUUUACGAUGGUGACUUUAAAGACGAGUUUCUGUUUUGCAAACCUCUUGAAACAACAACUACUGCAUGUGAUGUAUUUGACAAAGUUGGUUCAUUUCUGAAAGAGCAUAACAUAUCUUGGGGAAAGGUUUGUGGUGUUUGCACAGAUGGUGCUCCAGCUAUGCUAGGAUGUAGAUCUGGAUUUCAACGUUUGGUACGGAAUGAGUCACCAAAAGUCAUUGGAACUCACUGUAUGAUUCAUCGGCAAAUAUUAGCAACAAAGAUGCUGCCACAAGAAUUACGAGAAGUAAUGAAAAGCAUCAUAAAUUGUGUCAACUUUGUAAAGGCAAGCAGUUUAAACACAAGAUUGUUUUCACAACUGUGCAAUGAGUUGGAUGCGCCAAACAAUGCUCUAUUUCACACUGAAGUGAGAUGGUUGUCGAAAGGAAAAGUUUUAAAACGUGUUUUUGAGCUUUGUGAUGAACUCAAAAUGUUUUUUAUUCAGAAAGAAAGACCGCAGUUUGAAGCUAUUUUCAGCGAUAACAGCGAACUGCAGAAAAUAGCUUACUUGGUUGACAUCUUUGCCAUCUUGAAUGAGUUAAAUUUAUCACUGCAAGGACCAAAUGCAACGUGCCUUGAUUUGUCUAAAAAGAUCCGAUCAUUCCAAAUGAAAUUGCAGCUUUGGCAAAAAAAAUUGGAUGAAAAUAAGGAACAUGACAUUGAACCAGACAACAGGAUUACAUUGAUAAAAUCUGUUAAAGAACACCUGUGCAUGCUUGCAGAUGAAACCUCAUCGUACUUUCCAAAUCUACCUGACACCCCAUUUGCAUUUGCGAGAAGCCCAUUCACAGUCAACGUUGAAAAUGUUCCUGAGACAGCACAAGAGGAGUUCAUUGAACUUAUUAACAGUGAUGCAGCGAAAACUGAUUUCUCCACAAUACCAGUUACAAAGUUCUGGAUCAAAUGUUUGCAGUCAUAUCCUGUUCUGUCUGAGACUGUGUUGCGCCUUCUUCUUCCAUUUCCAACAACAUAUCUUUGUGAAACAGGGUUUUCCAGCUUGUUGGUUAUCGAGUCUAAAUACAGAAAUAGACUUGUUGUGGAAGAUGAUCUUCGGUGUGCUCUUGCAAAGACUGCCCCGAGAAUUUCUGAUCUGGUGAAAAGUAAGCAACCUCAACCUUCACACUGAUGUUGGCUUUUUACGCAUACUGUUGAAAAAUGUAGCAAUGUAGUUUACUGUUGUUAUAUUAAGACUGUUACCCAUCCUACACCAUGCUUCAACACAAAAUUUCAUUGUUUUGUAAUUAAAAAUAAAUAUUUAACAAUAUAUAAUUACAUAUUGUUUUUGUGAUUAAUCACUAUGCUUUAAUUAUGUUCAAUGCAAAUAUAUCCUGCAUAUCACAUAUUUACAUUGCAAUUCAGAACAGUAGCAAAAUUACAGUUAUGAAAUAGAAACUAAAAUAAUUUUAUGGUUGGGGGUCACCACAACAUGGUGGCCACGCCCACUUGGUGGCCACACCCACUUGGCCAUGCCCCCGGGGUCACCACAACAUGGGGAACUGUAUUAUGGGGUCACGACAUUAGAAAGGUUGAGAACCACUGCUUUAAGGCAUGUGAACUUCAAUUCUCAGAAUUCCCAGGCUAGUCUGCUGGCUGGGAGAUUUUGGGAAUUGAAAUCCAUAUGUCUUAAAGUUACCAAGUUUGAAAAACACUGACUUAACUAAAUGGGUGAGUUUACUUACUGUGCUAAAUUACAAUUUUUUCAACCAACCAGAAAUGGCUCUGUCUGUAUGUUUUGCUAAGAUAAAGUAUGGUUUCUAAAUCACAAUGACCGAACCAAAACUAAUUAUAUUGUGGCUUUGUCUUAGCACUUAGUUCUUAGUACUAACUCAUAUUUGUCAAGUUGUUAUGAUCCAGGUCACAUAGACCAGGGCUUGUCAACCGGUGGUACGCGUACCACUGAUGGUAUGCAACCACCUAGCUGGUGGUACGCAGCAUCGCUUUCCUCCCCCCACUGCGUCGCCUUCCUUCCCCCCGUUCCGCUGCUUCCCACCUCAUUUGUUUGUAGAAAAUAUGCUGCGGCAGCCUGCACGAACUCUACCAAAUGUGCCCUGCAGGAGGCAUAUGAAGAGCGCAGGUGCAGAGCAAGGCCCCGCCCUCCCCAGGGACUCAUUGUGCAGCAACCGGAUUGACUUCUCGUGCACACAGGUCAGUGAAGGGGAGGCUGCCACAGCGCCAAACUCCUGCAUCUGUCAGCUGGUGACCCCCGAACUUGCGCUUGUCAGCUGGGAGGUCUGGCGAUGGCCGCCGGUCUCCUUUGCCACCCCGCACAUCGUCCUCGACCCCUCCUCCCACCCGUUCAUGUCGAGCCUGCGGGGGCUUGACAGGGAGAGAGGGAAGGAAGGAGGGACUCCUCCUCUCCUAAGGUUCAAAGCAUGAUCAGCUUCCCAAGGGUGCUAUAAUCCUCACAAAAGUGGGGGGAGAAACAAAGGGGGUGAGAGAGCUCACGGCGGGCUCGAAGGAGCACCUGUCAGCAGGACAAUCCUGAGUCUUCAAGUGGGGAAAGCAUGCAGCUGCAGCCAGUUAGUGAUGAGGAAGAGGAGCUGCCUUCUCACCUGAUCAGAGAACAUGUAGGGCAGAGAAAAGACAGAAGCAGCAAAAGUCAGCCUGAUUACUCAUGAGGAGGUAGCCUCAUCCCUCUUGAUGGGCUGCACUGUUUAGCACAGCAAACAAAUGGAGACGAUGGUUGGGACAACAUGUUUAUUUCUUAGCUGUAUGUUUUCUGGUCUUUAUGAUUCCUGCCUUGCUUUGGAUUGACACUGUGCCUUGAAUUUGGAUUGUGCCUUAUGAACUCUGGACUUUUCUUGCCUUGUGAACCUCUUGUGUUGUGGAUUUAGUUUUACCUGGUGGAUUUGUCUUAUUUGGGAAACUUUCAAGUACCUUGUGGACUCAUUGGCCAUUGCUCUGUGGACUAGCAUCAGUCUGCUUUUGGCUGGACUUAAUUGGGACAGUUCUGGAGUUUUGGUGAAGGGAAUUGUUGGGGAACAUUAAUAAACCUACUAAAACGGGACAGCACAGAUGGUAAGUCAAACAUACUAAUUCAUAAAAGUUCACUGUCUUUCAAAACU